AUGCCAACUUUGCUACGACGACUGAGCUGUACCAGGCAGUUGCGACCGAGUGCCACCCCUGGAGGCAGGUACAGUGGCGUUCGACCGUAUUCGACAGCGGACAGCGAGCGGCCAUUCAGAUGCGCCGUGAUAGGAUCAGGCCCGGCAGGCUUCUACGCUGCCUAUCGCAUGCUGCAGAAGAUGCCAAAUGCGCGCGUCGACAUGUAUGAGGCCCUGCCCUCUCCCUACGGUCUGGUCCGCUUCGGUGUCGCUCCAGACCACCCGGAAUUUGUCGAAGUCGCCUCCCAUCCUUCCUUUACCUUCAUUGGUAAUACUACCAUUGGCUCCGCUCCCUCCUCUCUGCCUCUCUCGUCGAUCGCCCCUCACUAUAACGCCCUUCUCUUCUCUUAUGGUGCCUCGCAAGAUCGUAAGCUGGGAAUCGCUGGAGAAGAUUUGAGUGGCGUCGUGUCUGCUCGUGCUUUUGUUGGCUGGUACAAUGGUCUGCCAGAGUAUGCAAAUCUGAAUCCUGCUCUCGAUGGCAGCGAAGAAGCUGUUGUCAUUGGCCAGGGAAAUGUCGCACUGGACGUAGCGAGAGUCCUUCUUUCCCCACUAGACAGGCUCAGACACACAGACAUGACUGAGAAUGCUUUGGAAACCCUCUCCAAGAGCAGAGUACGCAGAGUCAGAGUAGUCGGCAGAAGAGGCCCUCUGCAAGCCCCAUACACCAUCAAGGAAGUCCGCGAGCUGAUGCAACUUCCCGGCGUCGCCUUCAGCACUCCAGAUCGUUCCCUCUUCCCCAAAGAGUCUAAGAAACUACCUCGUCCUCUCAUGCGCAUUGCCCAAGUCAUCGAGAAAGGCUCUCCCACCGUCGUAGCCGAAGCCACGCGGCAGUGGGAACUGCUCUAUAUGCGCAGUCCGGUCGCUUUCGAGGAGAACUCUUCCAAUGCCGGCACUCUAGGUGGCGUUCGCGUCGACGAGAUGGAAUUCACCCAGGACCCAUCUUCCGUUCCGUUGAGCGAUCUAGACGCUUUACGGAGUAUGCGUGUCAAAAAGAAGGAAAACGGCAAAGAGGAAGUGCUGAACACAAACCUUGCCUUCCGCUCCGUUGGCUACCAGUCAGAGCCUCUGGAAGGCUUUGAAGAGCUCGGCAUACCCUUCGACCGCAAGAUGGGCAUCAUUCCCAACGAUUUGUAUGGCAGAGUGCUGAGCCCUGAUAGUGGGCCGGGUGCACUGGGUGCCGGCCAUGUGCCUGGCAUGUACGCAGCAGGCUGGGUCAAGAGGGGUCCCACCGGCGUAAUCGCCAGUACCAUGCAAGAUGCAUUCACCAGCGCCGACAUUGUCGCAAAAGACUGGGCAGACGGCGUGACAUUCAUCGGCUCCAACGACGAGCCAAAAGCAGGCUGGAGUGAAGUCAAGAAAGAAGCAGAGAAACGCGGCAUAAGAAGCAUUACUUGGGAUGACUGGCUAAAGAUAGACAAAGAAGAAAAGAGAAGAGGACAAGCCAAGGGCAAGGAAAGGGAAAAGUGCCACUCAGUCCAAGAGAUGCUCAACAUUCUUGACGGCUAG